CUCAAAUGAAACAUUUUUCUCAUUCCGGGAGAAAACGUUUAUUGCGCAAGUCUUUACAGCGGGAAGCACGCACGAUCUAGAACCCGAUUUAAAACUAAAUAUCAGUUAUAAAAAUCCUGCGAGAAAGGCGCCGUUUCUCAUCAGCUGGAGGUCGCUUCUAGGCAGAAAUCAAGAUGUUCUACACUUGUGGUCCCAAUGAAGCCAUGGUGGUGUCUGGCUUUUGCCGCUCUCCUCCUCUGAUGAUUGCAGGAGGGAGAGUGUUUGUCGUCCCCUGUAUUCAGCAGAUCCAGAGAAUCACCCUGAACACCCUGACUUUAAAUGUGAAGAGUGACAAAGUCUACACCCGCCACGGUGUCCCUAUCUCUGUCACAGGCAUUGCACAGGUGAAGAUCCAGGGCCAAAACAAGGAGAUGUUGGCCACUGCCUGUCAGAUGUUCAUGGGCAAGUCUGAGGGUGAGAUUGCCCAGAUUGCACUUGAGACACUGGAGGGACACCAGAGAGCCAUCAUUGCCCAUUUGACUGUGGAGGAGAUCUACCAGGACCGUAAGAAGUUCUCAGAGCAGGUGUUCAAGGUGGCGUCCUCUGACCUGGUGAACAUGGGUAUCGGAGUUGUCAGCUACACGCUCAAAGACGUUCAUGAUGAUCAGGACUACCUCCACUCCCUGGGUAAAGCCAGGACAGCCCAGGUGCAAAAGGAUGCCAGGAUUGGAGAGGCUCAGUAUAAACGGGAUGCUGUCAUCAGGGAGGCACAUGCAAUGCAAGAGAAGGUGUCAGCUCAGUACAGGAAUGAGAUUGAGAUGGCAAAGGCCCAGAGAGACUUUGAGCUGAAAAAGGCAGCCUAUGAUGUUGAGGUGAACACCAAGAAGGCUGAGUCCGAGAUGGCCUACCAGCUUCAGGUGGCCAAGACCAAGCAGCGCAUUGAGGAGGAGAAGAUGCAGGUUCAGGUGGUGGAGCGAUCGCAGCAGAUCAUGCUGCAGGAGCAGGAGAUCACCCGCAGGGAGAAGGAGCUGGAGGCCAAAGUCAAGAAGCCAGCCGAAGCCGAGAAAUACCGCCUGGAGAGGCUGGCUGAGGCACAGCGGCUGCAGCUGAUCAUGGAGGCUGAGGCUGAGGCCGAGUCCAUUAAAAUGAGGGGUGAGGCGGAGGCAUUUGCCGUUGAGGCUAAGGGCCGGGCUGAGGCAGAGCAGAUGACCAAGAAGGCUGAGGCCUUCCACCAGUACAAAGAGGGAGCCAUGGUGGACAUGCUGCUGGAGAAACUGCCACUGAUGGCAGAGGAGAUCACCAAGCCCCUGUCGGCCACCCAGAAGAUCACCAUGGUGUCUAGUGGCGGCUCAGAGGUUGGAGCGGCCAAACUGACUGGAGAGGUGCUGGACAUCAUGACCAGGCUGCCGUCCACUGUGGAGAAACUCACCGGGGUCGACAUCACACAGGUUUCUGGAAAGACCGCCCUCGUGCGCUAAGAAGAAGAAGGGGCAGAGGUGACAUAAUACACACCUGGAGCUCCACACCUCUUAUAGUGCCUAUAACCACUGAACUGACUCCUCAGCACCAUAGGGCUGUCUGAUUGUCUUUUUGUGCAUGUGUUUCUGCUGUGUGUGUCUCUUUGCUAGUCUCCUUUUGUAUCUUUCAGGGAUGUUUUUUUUUUUCCCAGUGGUAGUGGACAAGCAACUAUCAGCCCUUUCCUGAGGGUAUGAGCAAUUUCCUACUUUUUUCCUGUGAAUUUUUUUUUCCUGUCCCUAAUCACAUCCCUUGUCUGUUAAUCUGAAUGCUGCUUUUUUGAAAUAGCAGAAGCUGCAGAGCAGUAGAAACAUUGAAGAGGCUGCUUUGUUACCUUCUCAGUUCUGCAAAAUCAGAUGGAGAACACAAAGGCUUCAGGCGCCUUUGGCCAGUAUCAGUCCAAGCAGGAAGUCUUUGUACUGUAUUUUCACUAAGUAAUGUUUUUAUUUUCCUACUGCAUUCAGCCUCAUUUUCCGCCUGCAUAGGGACUGGUUCCACGUUCCAUGUUUCAGAUGUUCAACUUUUACAAGAUUUUAAUCAAAACUUUAUGUAGGUGAAGUGUAUCUGUGAUUACAGAGGACUUUUUUUCUCUGUGCCUUUUUUAGUUGGUCAGCUGAGGAGUUUUAUAGAUGUCACUGCCCCGUUAAAAUUUUAGUGUGAGCAUAUCAUAACUGCUUUUAUUUCUAGAGUUCUGCAUAUCGCUGUAUUAGUGUCCCUGAUUUAUGUAGUACAACUUAGCCGCAUGUUAAUGUGCUCUUUGUCCACUACUACAUUAUUGAUAGACCUAAGUUGUGUGCUGCUAAUUCAUUUUCCUAAUCUUUAGAAUAGCCAUUGCCUUGCAGGUCAUUUCACAUUACUGAGGCCCUUAAUUAUACUGGUUGAAAUGCAAGUCGAAGGAUUUUUCUGUAAGUCAAUGUGAAGGGGAAGGAAGUGGGUGGUGGGAGAAAGCUAAGGUUUUCCUGUUUAGAGCAAUGAGAAUUUAUUGUGGUGGUAAAGACUUUGCUGCAGUGUUUCUGGAGUUGCAUCCUUUAUAGGUCACGAAGACGAAUGAACGUCGCCAACAAACCACCUAACCAGCUUGCUGCUUUGAUGUGCUUGAAGCCAUGAGAUGCAUGAAACUUUAUAACGUGUGUAGUGACGUAGUAUGCAGUUUUUGGCUUUUCCUUAUGUUUUUUUUUUUUUGUCUUGAUUUUCUGUGAUAAUGAUACUGAACAUGAUAGAUUUUGGCAAAUUUUAGCUCUCACAUGAAUGACAGUCUUGUUCCAUUGUUCAGGACCUCAGGAGCUGCCUCUUUCUUUUUGUCUUCACUAACAGUCCAAAGUUUCCCAGCUACUAAGCCUAUGCAUUUUGUUACCGCCAAGUGCCUGGAAAAGUCAAGCUUUAGCUAAACUCAUCACUCAGCCUCGAAGUCAGAGACACCCUCUCAAGUUAAGCCUAUAUCAACACACUAUGCUAUGUGCCUGGGAGUUUAACUUCCUAUAUAACUGAUGACAAGCCACAGGCUCUCUGUUCAUGAAAGCCAAAUCCAGUUUCAUCUUGUUCUCUUUUGUAUGUUCUUGUAACUAAUCAUUCAGUUUUGUAAGCAAAUAUCUGAUCGCAUGUAUCUAUCCUUUAAGACGCCAUGGUCCCUAAUUUGUAAUAUUGAGUAGUGUGAAUGUUGUAUUUUAGUUUAUAAUUGUUAAAGAUGUAUCUAGAAAGAGAUGUCACAAGAUCAUUUAGACAAUAAAAUAUUAUUUACUCACUGGAA